GGUCACGCGUCGGGGCGCGGCUUGCUCCGGCCGGAGGUGGUCCCUGCUGCGGCUGCCGCCGGAGUCCCUCGGAGCAGCGCUUGCAGCUGGGAAGAUGCAGGGCCAAAGUCUCCUCACCUGGGUCCUAGCCGCGGCUGUCACCUGCGCCCAGGCACAGCAAGUGCCGCCGUGGACAGAAGAUUGCAGAAAAUCAACUUAUCCUCCUUCCGGACCAACCUUUAGAGGCCCAGUUCCGUGGUACACCAUAAACCUUGAUCUACCACCCUACAAAAGAUGGCAGGAAUUAUUGGCUCAAAAGGCACCAAUGUUGAGGAUUUUAGUGAAUUCCAUGACGAAUUUAGUGAAUGCAUUUGUGCCAAGUGGAAAAAUAAUGCAGAUGGUGGAUCAAAAGUUGCCUGGUCUAAUUGGCAGCCUUCCUGGCCCUUUUGGAGAGGAAAUGAGAGGAAUUGCAGAUGUUACCGGGAUUCCUCUAGGAGAGAUUAUUUCAUUCAACAUUUUCUAUGAAUUGUUUACCAUGUGUACAUCGAUCAUCACUGAAGAUGAGAAAGGUCAUUUACUACAUGGAAGAAACAUGGAUUUUGGAAUAUUUCUUGGGUGGAAUAUUAAUAACAACACUUGGGUUGUCACAGAAGAAUUAAAGCCCUUGACAGUGAAUCUGGACUUCCAAAGAAACAAUAAGACUGUUUUCAAGGCUACAAGUUUUGCUGGAUAUGUGGGCAUGUUGACAGGAUUCAAACCAGGACUGUUUAGUCUUACGCUAAAUGAACGUUUCAGUAUAAAUGGUGGCUAUCUGGGUAUCCUAGAAUGGAUGUUCGGAAAGAAGAAUGCCCAAUGGGUAGGGUUUAUCACCAGAUCAGUUCUGGAAAACAGUACAAGUUAUGAAGACGCAAAGAACACUCUAACAAAGACCAAGAUAAUGGCUCCAGCCUAUUUUAUCCUGGGGGGCAACCAGUCUGGAGAGGGUUGUGUGAUUACCCGAGAAAGAAAAGAGUCUUUGGAUGUCUAUGAACUGGAUCCUGAGAAUGGCAGAUGGUACGUGGUCCAAACCAAUUAUGACAGGUGGAAGGACACCUUGUUUCUUGAUGACCGCAGAACACCAGCAAAGAAGUGUCUAAACAACACGACACAGAAGAAUCUCUCAUUUGCUACCAUCUAUGAUGUCCUAUCAACAAAACCUGUCCUUAACAAGCUGACUGUAUUCACAACCUUGAUGGACGUUACCAAAGAUCAAUUUGAAAGUCACCUUCGAGAUUGCCCAGAUCCCUGUAUAGGCUGGUGAGCACGCAUCAGCCUAUAGGACAUGCUGAGGCCUGAAGAUGUGCUCUGCAGUGUGCCUGGUCCCCUUCCACAGGCAGAGGCUCAAGGCCUCUCGUCUUUAGUCAGGACUGCCCUCACCAUGGUCAUGCUGCUUAUAGACUGUUUGUCAUUGUUUGUUCUGAUCAUCAUUACUUCCACUCACAGGUAAACUCUUUAAGGGACGCCAUGUAGAAUCGCCAGUUCAUUUCACUUUGACUCUGCAGAAGGGAUAACUGUGACCUCUAUGGAACCCGUCAAGGCUCUCCGAUAGUGUUUGAUUCAGUGCCCUGGGUGAUUAAUGUAAAAGUCACCUGUUCUUUUUUAAUCUACAUAUUUAUGUUUUUCUGCAUACCAGUAGUUUUCUUUUCUCCUGGUUCUCUUAGAACUGACACGUCUUCCACUUUUGCUGUUAGGACAAUGUCACUAUGCGUGGCUGGAGUUCCUCAGAAGACAUUUGAUACUUAUUUUAAUGGGCAAUCAACAGACCUCUGACUCUGGAAACAGUAUUUUGGAGGAUUAUACAAUAACUAUUAUCCAAGCAGUAUUUUGUUUUUUAAAGAAUGUUCUCCUUUUCCUAAUCAUUCUGCCUGCCAGUAACCCCAAGAAGAUUCUAGCUAGCUUCAAAAACUUGAGUUCAAAAACUUAACACAAAUUCGUUAUUUUAAAUUCUUGUAUGUAUAAUCAAUGUAAUGUUUUUUCCUUCUAAUCAUAUUUUUUUAGAUUUUCAUACAAUAUAGUAUUACUAAUAUUUUUCAGAAAUCAAUGUAUUUAUGAAAACUGCAAACAGAACUUGUUCAUCUUUCUAACCUUCACAAUUGGCAGUGGAAUGUAUUUUGUGGCAGACUGUAUCCACUUAGUUUUGGACAGCCUGCUGUGUCAUGAUACUCAAUAAAGAUUCACUGUCGGCCAUGUCA